AAGCUGGAGCAGCAGGUCAGUGAGUUACUUACACUAACACACUCACACGCACUCACACACUCAGCCCCACACACUACACUACACCUGCUCAGUGUCAGAAAGGCAAAUGUCAGGACCCAGGCCAGUAGUUCUCAGUGGCCCAUCUGGGGCUGGGAAAAGCACCCUGCUGAAAAGGCUGAUGAAGGAAUAUGAGGGUGUUUUUGGUUUCAGCGUGUCCCAUACAACCAGAAAUCCUCGUCCUGGAGAAGAGGACGGCAAGGGACUCAAUUGUCUCCCAAUGCUUCUGGGGGCUACGUUACUACCUGUAGCAGACGUCCUAUCCUCUGUAUCAUCUGAAGAUUACCACUUCGUCACCAGGGAGAAGAUGCAGGAGGCCAUCGACAACAACGAGUUAAUCGAAAACGCUGAGUUUUCUGGGAAUAUGUACGGCACCAGUAAAUCGUCUAUAGAGGACGUUCAGGCCCAGAACCUGAUCUGCAUCCUGGACGUCGACAUUCAGGGAGUGAGAAACAUCAAGGAGACUGACCUGAACCCCAUCUACAUCUCCAUCCAGCCACCGUCCAUGGAGAUACUGGAGCAGCGCCUUCGAGAUCGUAAAACAGAAACUGAAGAGAGUUUACAGAAACGUCUGGAGGCAGCCCGGAUCGACAUGGAGCUCAGUAAGGAAGAAGGAGUUUUUGAUUUGGUCAUCAUUAACGAUGACUUGGAUGAAGCCUAUGAAAAGCUCAAAAGUGUUCUUAUUGAGGAAAUUCAGAAGGUUCAAGAUGCCAAAAAGUAGAAAGAAGAAAAACAAGCACUUUUACCUUCUCAGAGUGGACCUUCGCAGCCUUUCCGUGCAGCCUUCUAGCACACUGCCCGGCUGCAGGAGAACAUGUCUGAAACACAGCAUACACAGAAAUGCUCAUCACUCUGAGAGAUCUUCAGCACAAAGCAGAGAAAACUCACCUUUUUAAAAAUGUUAUUUAUUCAAAUAAUCACUGUAACUAAUGAACUGUCAUCUACUGUGAUCUCCUGAUCUUCUGCGGCCUACCUGGAGAUCGGACACAGCUGCUGAGCCAUACGAAGAGUGAAACCUCUCUAAAAAUAUCACUGAAACCUGGGCUAUGUUCAUUUUAUGUACAAUAUUGUGUAGACAGUGUUUCUUAUAAUGGCAAUGUGGUACAACAGCAACCCACCUAAAGGCAUCAGACAGUAGAACCCAGUGUCCACCUGUUAGAUUACUCUUGUGUUAUUGUAUUGUCAUGUUAGUGAUCGACAGUUUCCAGUAAACGCACAGUAAGAGAACAGCAGCUGGCCUCAGGAUUAUUGAUUCAGGGUGCUGAAACUGGUAUGAGUGAAUGAUCAUCUGAUUAAUCAUCUGAAAUAAAACCAAAUGAUCACAAAUAUA